GGAGAGAACGACUAACUUCCGGCCUGGCCGUUGUCUGGUGGCGCGGUCGAGUCAUCGCUGGGCCUCGCCGCUUGGUUCUUCCAUCCCUCCCCCCGCCCCGGCGCGGGGGGUCAACCGGCCAAGCGAGGCAGAAGGCGACUCGGGUCUUUCCUAUCAUUUCGUUUUGGCCCCCGACCCGUCUACAACGCUGGGGCCUGGAGUCCUUGGGGCCCGCAAGGCCCGGUCUGAGGGGCCUGGGCCUACGUCGGCCCGCCGCGGGGCCCCAUGAGGCAUAGCCUGACCAAGCUGUUGGCAGCCUCGGGCAGCGGUUCCCCAACCCGCAGUGAGAGCCCGGCGCCGGCCUCUACCUGUUCGCUGCCCCCGGACCUGACCCGGGCGGCAGCAAGGGAGGAGGAGACGGCGGCGGCCGGAUCGCCCGGCCGCAAGCAACCGCACCGCGACGAGGGCGAGGUGGAGGCCGGGAGGGGGAGCCGCGGCGGCGUGGCCGUGCGCGCGCCCUCGCCCGAGGAGAUGGAGGAAGAGGCUAUUGCCAGCGCCCCCGGGGAAGAAACGGAGGACAUGGACUUUCUGUCUGGGCUGGAACUGGCGGAUCUACUGGACCCCAGGCAGCCGGACUGGCACCUGGAACCCGGGCUCAGCUCGCCUGGGCCUCUCUCCUCGUCUGGCGGAGGCUCCGAUAGUGGCGGCCUGUGGAGAGCGGACGAUGACGACGAGGCUGCGGCCGCUGAGAUGCAGCGCUUUUCUGACUUACUCCAGAGGCUGUUAAACGGUAUCGGAGGCUGCAGCAGCGGCUGUGACAGUGGCAGCGGGGAAAAGAGGCGGAGAAAGUCCCCAGGAGGAGGAGGCGGUGGCGGCAGCGGCAACGGCAACGACAGCAACCAGGCGGCGACAAAGAGUCCCCGGAAGGCGGCGGCGGCCGCUGCCCGUCUUAAUCGGCUAAAGAAGAAGGAGUACGUGAUGGGGCUGGAGAGUCGAGUCCGGGGUCUGGCAGCCGAGAACCAGGAGCUGCGGGCCGAGAAUCGGGAGCUGGGCAAACGCGUCCAAGCACUGCAGGAGGAGAGUCGCUACCUACGGGCAGUGUUAGCCAACGAGACUGGACUGGCUCGCUUGCUGAGCCGGCUGAGCGGCGUGGGACUGCGGCUGACCACCUCGCUCUUCAGAGACUCGCCCGCCGGUGACCAUGACUACGCUCUGCCGGUGGGAAAGCAGCAGCAGGACCUGCUGGAAGAGGACGACUCGGCGGGAGGAGUGUGUCUUCAUGUGGACAAGGAUAAGGUGUCGGUGGAGUUCUGCUCGGCGUGCGCUCGGAAGGCGUCGUCUUCUCUUAAAAUGUAGGGUCAAGUAAUCUGCUCUUUAUCCGCGUUUACCCCUUUCAACUCCCUUACACCAUGUAAAACACCUUAGUGGGACAUCUUCACUGGACACAUUACAGAGGAGGAAAAAAAUUUCUUUUUUAGGUGAUUUCCUUCCUGCCAGGCUCCGUUGUAGGGGUUACAGAACAGUCGUUCCCGCCUCACAACCUGGUAAGGAUCCAUCUCUUCACGUAACGCUCAUGCUCUGCUGCUUAGUCUACUUUAAUGGGCAACAUCUCAAUUUGUGUGUGUGUGUGGUUUUUUUUUCCUUGUUUGGAAGGUGGGAGGGGAAUCUAAUUUGGGCCCUGUCCACCCUGGAAACAGACUUGUGCUGGUCAAUGUAUUUAAGAUGCUUCUUCUGGUUGAAAUAGCUGUUAAUGUGUCCCCUUGUUCAGACUUGCGUGUACCUAGCUCUUCUGUCCCCAGUGUGGACAUGGCCUUGGAUGACAUCGGUUCCAACUGUACACUGAAACCUGCUUAUAGAGAUACAGUUUGGAGACAGUGAAACAGGUGAAGUUGAAUGGAAGUUCCGAGUUGUACAAGUUGCAAAUUGGAAUUCCAAAUUUAGAGCAACUUUUCAGAGGUUGACAAUAAAUACUUGAGGCAUGCACAAAUGUGGUAGCUUUUUUUGCUGGAGAUGACAGAAAUCUCUUAGAUGUUCAAGAAUGCCUUUUAGUUUUCAGUAGAAUAUAUAGAAAUACAAUCUAUUUAGAUACUGAUUUUAAUCACUCACUAUUAGAGAAGUUGGAAAUUAACAUACUUCUGUGUUUUAAUUGGAUGAAGAAUAAGAAUGGUUAAUGAAAUGUUUUUUUUGAGGACCAGCACAGUGAUUAUCCUAUCACUGUGUAUGAAUAAAUUGUUGAACGCCUUUAUUUUUGUUGUAUUAAAAUUUUAGAUUAAAUUUUUGUAUGUAUGAUUAGAUAUUGAAGGUUGUGAAAUGUGAAUGAAAAAGUGUAAAGUGAGGCUUCACAAAGAAUCUUACUCUCUAUUUGAAAAGUAUUUACUGUAUUUAAAAAUACUUUUUAAAAUUGAGUGGUUCUGGCCACUUCAUGAUAUGAUUGAUGCUAUUUUUCCAAAGAAGGAACAUAUUCUUUCCUUGAAGUACUCUUAACUAUUGAUGUCCUUCAGUGUAAGAGGCAAUAAAUUCUUUGUGAAACAUCACUGUUUGAUAAAGUAUAUACGUAUUUAGCAUCCUUGUUUUUCUUUGUGCUAAAGUGGAUACAGCUGUUGGGGCAGAAGAGACGGGACCAGCUGCUGGCCACAUUUCCUGCUUUAUUUUAAAAGGUAGUAUAAGAAAUGAGGAAAAAGAGGUAACAUCAGGGCUUCUGCUGUCUUUUAUUUUUAAAAUGUUCAUAAUUAAAAAGUAUUUUCCAGCAGUCCAAAGAUGUAAGUUAUCUUACACAUGUUUUAUUUUGUUGUUAUUUGGUUAUGAAAAUGGACUCUUUGUUCUUGCACAACUGUAAAUGUUUUGUUGCUAGAUAAUACAAUUUGAGACCUAUAUUGGUCUCUGGUUUCCAGUGCAUCACAGCAUAUUUUGUAAAAUCAUCUACUGCACUUCAGCAUGAAUGGGUAGUAGCCAAACUUACAACCUGGAGUAAUGAACCUGCUUAUAUAAGGGCAGGGGCAAGCCCCUCACAAUGCAGCUGCAUGGAUUUUUAGUGCCUACUGAAUUUUUUAUAUAUGUGUGUGUAUAUAUAUAUAUAUGUAUAUAUAUAUAUACACACACAUAAGUAUGCAAGUGUAUAUAUAUAUAUAUAUAUACAUAUAUAUGUACACACAGACACACACACACAACAUAUAUAUAUAUAAACCAAAAGUAAUUGGAAAAGAUUAUUUGAAAUGACUAAUUUGUGCUAUCUUUAUGAAAUAUGUUAAAUGUAGCUUUUUGAAAGAGAAGCCUUGAAUUGAAAUUUAACUAAUACUUGAACAUUUUUGUAUAUAUUUCUUUGUAUAUAAUUUUGUGCAGUACCAAUGACAAAAAUAUGGUGUCAUAAUAAAACCAGGUUUGUUGAUCUUUCAGUUAUGGGCUCAAAGAAUUUAUUCAUCUCUAACAUGACAUUGGAAAAUAAUGAAUGAAUAGGAAAAAAAAUGAUUGUUGUUAAUGCUGACUGUGGGUCUUAAUCAAAAGGUUCUGGAAGCAGUAAGUUCGUUUUUCUAAAAAUUAUACCAUUCCCUUGGAAUAUUUUCUUCCUAACAUCCGUGCUUUGCAUUAUUUGAAGUUGGGGGCCGGGGAGAAACAGUAGUCAAAGCUUUCUGAAUGGAUGUUUUGAAAUUCCAAGUAUAGAUUUUUAGAAUGUCAUUUUAUAAAUGGCAGUUUGGGGAAUUACUUGAUUAAAAACUUUUAAAAAUGAAAAGAUUAGGUUGGCCUAUUUUUAAAGCUGCUUUGUUAGGUUUCUUGUGUUUUAUUAACUGUCUUUUCUCAGUUUCCAUUUCAUUAUUUCUUUUCUAGUUUUGGUGACUUAGUGAUUUUUGUCAUUUUUUACAUCAACUCAUGGUCUUGUUUUUACAUGGUAAUUGCAUGUAUUUAGGACCUAUCUAACAGGGCUUUAAAUAAAUUUGGUCAUAUUUAUGUGUAAGCACAUUUUACUGUAAAUGUUUGGGUUUCUGAAUUUACAACAGAUGUUUAUUUGAGUAUGUAGUAAACAGUAUCUUGAAGUGUCCUAUUCACUACUUGUUAAUUAAAAAGUUAUGAUUAAUAUGAAACUGUUGUGUUCUGAAUGAUUAGUAUUUGGAUAAAGGAGAUUUCUGGAAUAUAAAAUAAUUGUUUUGACAUUUUCAGGUUUGGUUAUGUUUAAUGUUUAGUAUUUGGGGAACUUGUUUUCCUUUUUUCUUUUUCUUAAUUGUGCUUCUAUGGUAAAAUGAUACAGACUAGACUAAAAAUGUAACUCUUGGAUACUUGUCUUCCUAUGGUGGCAGGAAUUCAUACAUUAAUUGAACUAACACAUCAUAUUGACCUACUAUUUCUAUCAUAUUGUCUUACUGUUUUCUGCACUUCCUUGACCAAACUUAACUAAAAUGUAGUCACACCUCUGAUAUAUCCAAAGAAGUGUUCAAAAUAUUUUAAAUAUUUGUGCAUUUUAUAAUCACUAAAUUAAUCUCUCUCUCUUCUCUUUAAACAGCUUAGCAGUAUCUGCAAAAACGAAUCUUUUCCUACAACCUGUUAACUGACUGGACUGAUGGUAACAAAGUAAUUGUGGGAGCCAUGUCGGUCAAAAAUUUGGCAUCUGCUGAAAAAAAAUGAAUGCCAUUUUCAAGUUCCCAAAUUACUUCUAUACUGAUUUCACUUUCCAGAAAUGGAGAUAUGAAAAGAUUCUCUGGAAUGCUUGAAAGACUUAAUAGAAAUACAUGAGACCAAGUUAAUUUUGGAACGAAAUUAUACUUUUCUUUCUUGGGAGUGAUACUCAGUUCUUUGCAUACCUUUUAAACAUUGUAACCAUUGGAGAAGAGAAUUAUAGUAUUUCAUCAAGAAAUAUAUUAGUUUCUUUACAUAAUCAAGAGCACAUUCUAUGGAAUUACAUGUAGUGGACUAGAACUACCUAAACAGGCCAUCAGUGAUUACAAGCAUAUAACGAAUUUGUAUUUAUUUCCUGGAACAUAAGAUCUAAUUUGGAGGACAGACAGACAUCUUGCUGAGUAGAAUAUAAAAUUUAAUGUAAAGUUCUAAACUAUAAAGGGUAGCCUUUUUUUAAAUAGAUACAUUGAUUUGUCUGUAAAUUUUGAAAAAGUCAAUGGUGACAAAAUGUAUGGGUAGUUAAUUGCAAUUUAGGGUAACACUAGGAUGUGUGGAUUCUGAGAUUUUGGAUUCUUGAGCUUUUUCUGAGUACUUAACACUUUUUUUGUUUUUGAAUAUUUUGAGCUUACUGAUGAGUUUUACUGUUUUAUAUUAAAAUCUAUAGUGUUAUAUAAGGGCUUUAGUGUUCUGGAUAAUGGGAGUGGCCUUUUUGUGGCAUAUGGUUGUUUUAAUCAAAUAUUUUUCUGGUUUAUUGUAAGUAUGAAAAAAACUCAAAAACUCUG